GAGUCAGCGACCUCGACCUAGCUGAGGAGCAUCCACACACCGUCGCCCUCCGAGUUACUCAACCGAAACACCCGCAAGUAUGGAGGCCGACAUCAAAGCCGUCAUCCCCAACAUCGAUCCCGUCGUCUCGGAGUACUCAGUUGGCUACCUCAACCAUGCAUCGACGCUGUGGACCGAUGAAGAGGACACGAGCGCCUCCUCGCCCCUGGACGAGGCUGGACUUGCCAUCCGAGAAAUUUUACUGUCGGCAUCAGGCGAACCCGACUCUCAGCUAGAGCAGAAGAUCACGGAACUUGUCAAGAAAUGGGUGGACAAGUACACCGAAGCAAACGGCGGAGAGCGCCGCGGCCCCUCGACAAUGAAGCGACUCGAUCAGACCAUCCAAGUGUCCUCACAACGGAACAUGUCGUCGACUCUCGCUGUCGCUUCGGGCGGUGUCGAUCUCGAAUCAGCCAACAGCCGCAAGGUGGAGUCCAAGGUCGACCGCAAAAAGCUCGAGAAAGCCGAACGCAAGAUUGCCGCCAAGCAGCAAAAGAAGACGUUCAAGACAGUCGAGUACGAGGCAUCGAGACUGCUGGACCAGCCCGAAUCCGCCGAAAACUACGAGGAGUUCUACAUGGCUGUCAACCCGCUGCAGCUGGGGGCGAACUCGAACAAGAGCAAGGACAUCACCUUGGACAAUAUCGAUGUUUCAAUUGGCGGCCUGAGGAUCUUGACAGAUACAACCCUCACACUUGCGUAUGGCCAUCGAUACGGUCUAGUGGGUAAGAACGGUAUCGGUAAAUCUACACUGUUGAGGGCGCUGUCCCGACGUGAGGUGCCGAUUCCCACACACAUUUCGAUUCUGCAUGUUGAGCAAGAGAUUACGGGUGAUGAUACGCCAGCCAUCCAGGCUGUUCUAGAUGCUGAUGUUUGGCGUAAGGUGUUACUCCGAGAGCAAGAUGAAUUCACAACGAAGCUUGCCGAUAUCGAGGCACAGCGAGCGCCCCUCGCCGACACAUCGGCUGAUGCUGCCAGGCUCGAUAAGGAACGUGAGGCUCUCGACACCAAGUUGGGAGACGUGCAAGGCAAGCUUGCCGAAAUGGACUCAGACAAGGCUGAGUCACGCGCCGCCAGUAUCCUGGCUGGACUCGGUUUCUCUGCCGAGAGGCAGCAAUACGCGACCAAGACGUUCUCAGGUGGAUGGAGGAUGCGUCUGGCGCUUGCCCGUGCGCUUUUCUGCGAGCCUGAUCUCCUUCUUCUUGACGAACCGUCCAACAUGUUGGACGUGCCAUCUAUCACCUUCCUUUCCAACUACCUGCAGGGCUACCCAAGCACAGUCCUGGUCGUCUCUCACGACAGAGCGUUCCUGAACGAGGUGGCUACGGAUAUUGUCCACCAGCACUCGGAGCGCCUCGACUACUACAGAGGAGCCAACUUUGACACCUUCUACUCGACACGCGAGGAGCGCAAGAAGGUGGCGAAGCGCGAGUACGAGAACCAGAUGGUCCAGCGUGCGCAUCUGCAGGCUUUCAUCGACAAGUUCCGCUACAACGCCGCAAAGUCGUCAGAAGCGCAGUCACGUAUCAAGAAGUUGGAGAAGAUGCCGAUCUUGGAGGCCCCCGAGGCAGAGUACAGCGUCAAGUUCCAGUUCCCCCCGGUGGAAAAGUUAUCGCCGCCCAUUGUGCAAAUGUCGGAGGUCACGUUUGGCUACAGCAAGGACAAGAUCUUGUUACGCAAUGUCGACCUCGACGUGCAACUGGACUCGCGUAUCGGCAUCGUUGGACCCAACGGUGCCGGUAAGACAACGAUUCUCAAGCUGCUCAUUGGCAAGCUGACGCCGACAUCUGGUAUCAUCUCUGCCCACCCGCGACUGCGCAUUGGUUUCUUCGCCCAACACCACGUUGAUGCGUUGGACCUGACGACUAGCGCUGUCAGCUUCAUGGCCAAGAACUAUCCCGGCCGCAAGGACGAGGAGUACCGAAGGCAACUAGGUGCCUUUGGCAUCACGGGCACGACUGGUCUGCAGAAGAUGGGUCUGCUGUCUGGUGGUCAGAAAUCCAGGGUGGCCUUUGCCUGUUUGGCGUUGACCAAUCCUCAUAUUCUCGUUCUCGAUGAGCCCUCCAAUCAUUUGGAUAUUGAAGCCAUGGACGCGUUGGCCGAUGCGUUGAACGAAUUCGAGGGAGGUGUGCUGAUGGUUUCUCACGAUGUCACCAUGCUGCAGUCGGUGUGCAAAUCGCUCUGGGUCUGCGAUGGCGGUACUGUCGAGAAGUUUGACGGUGAUGUGAACCAGUACAAGAAGAGGAUUGCGGCACAAGCAGACGCUGCGGGUGUUGUCAAAGCUCAUUAAGUGUUGUAGUAUAUGAAUCUGAAUGUGAACCGUCAAAUCGAAUAUCCCAUAUACAGCUUUGGCAAA